CUUAAAUGGAAGCCACCUCUGAGAGCUGGUUGGUCUCUACUGACGUAGGCUUUGUAUAGCAGCUGCAUCACCCCAGGAGAUUACAAUGAGUGGAGGAGGGGAACAGCCAGAUAUUCUUAGUGUGGGAAUACUGGUGAAAGAAAGAUGGAAAGUGUUGAGAAAGAUAGGAGGAGGAGGGUUUGGAGAAAUUUAUGAUGCACUUGACUUGCUUACCCGAGAGAACGUUGCAUUGAAGGUUGAGUCAGCUCAGCAGCCAAAGCAAGUUCUGAAAAUGGAAGUAGCUGUGUUGAAAAAACUGCAAGGGAAAGAUCAUGUCUGUAAAUUUGUUGGCUGUGGAAGGAAUGACAGAUUUAACUAUGUCGUCAUGCAGUUGCAGGGUCGGAACUUGGCAGAUCUACGUCGAAGUCAGUCUAGGGGGACCUUUACAAUUGGUACCACCUUGCGUCUUGGGAGGCAAAUUCUGGAAUCUAUUGAGAGCAUUCAUUCUGUUGGGUUUUUACAUCGAGAUAUUAAACCAUCCAACUUUGCUAUGGGGCGUUUCCCUAGCACUUGGAGAAAGUGCUACAUGCUGGAUUUUGGCUUGGCACGUCAGUUUACAAAUUCAUGUGGAGAUGUCAGACCUCCCCGGGCUGUUGCUGGUUUUAGAGGGACAGUGCGGUAUGCAUCGGUCAAUGCCCACAGGAACAGAGAAAUGGGACGUCAUGACGACCUCUGGUCCCUGUUUUACAUGUUGGUGGAAUUUGUGGUUGGACAACUGCCCUGGAGAAAAAUUAAAGACAAGGAACAAGUAGGCUCUAUAAAAGAGAGGUAUGACCACCGGCUGAUGUUGAAGCACCUCCCUCAAGAAUUUAAUAUGUUUCUAGAUCACAUUUCUGUUUUAGAUUAUUUUACCAGACCUGAUUAUCAGCUUCUCAUGUCCGUCUUCGACAACAGCAUGAAGACUUUUGGUGUGACAGAGAGUGACCCCUUUGACUGGGAAAAGAGUGGAACUGAUGGCUCUCUAACUACCACCACCACUUCAACUACUCCUCAGCUGCAUACUCGACAGACCCCAGCUGCAAUAGGAAUUGCCAAUGCCACCCCAAUACCAGGAGAUUUGCUGAGAGAGAACACAGAUGAAGUGUUUCCAGAUGAGCAGCUAAGUGAUGGUGAAAACGGUAUCCCUAUUGGAAUCUCUCCAGAGAAGUUACCAGAGUCUCCUGGACAUCAUCACACUCAGGAAAAGGAUGUGUGGGAGGAGAUGGAUGCAAACAGGAAUAAGAUACAACUGGGAGUCCGUAAAGCUGCUACAGAAGAGGAGAAUAGUCAUGGACCAAUUAAUGGCAUGCUUAAUGCACCAAGCCUAGGUUCUCCAAUUCGAGUCCGCUCGGAGAUGACACAGCAAGAAAGGGAUGUCCCCCUUGUUCGGAAGUUACGAUCAAUCCACAGUUUUGAACUGGAAAAACGUCUGACCUUGGAGUCAAAGCCAGACACAGAUAAAUUUCUGGAAAUCUGCAUGGAGAAGAAGAAAAAAGAACUGAAUGCUGGAAAAGAAUCUGCUGCUGCUGCUUCUCAGAAAACCCCUUUGCCUGCAGUUACUUCCUGUAAUGAACACGUUUGGCACUAUGAUGAAGAGUACCUGCCUGAAGGUUCCAAGCCUGCUUCCAGGUAUUCUCCAGAAGACAGAGAUGGUGGUGCUAGCAAUGGAUAUGUGGCUGUCAAUUUAAGUUCCUGCCAGCAGGAGUUUGACUCUAAGGAAUGGGUGAUAGUGGACAAAGAACAGGACCUGCAAGAUUUCAGGACUAAUGGAGUUUUAGGGCAUAAAACAAUUGGGAGCCCCUCCGAUGAUGAACCCGAAGUGCUUCAAGUCCUUGAGGAGUCUCCACAAGAGGACAAGUUUGGAGCUCUUGGCAAGAAUGCAGCUGAAGGGGCAGCAUUGGAUCUAGCUGUUGAAUGCUGUGGUGUUGCAGCUUCUGAGCAAUUUACAAAUCAACUCGAACUCCCAGUUGGAACUGCUGGCCAGCUUCUUGCUGCCACACCCACAAGUCUAAUGGAAGCCCAAGCAGAAGGGGCUCUCACUCCACUCUACUCACCUCACAUGCUGCAUUUCUCCACCCCAAGAAUUUCAAGUCCCAUCCUCCGUACCCUGAGCCCUAUUACCCAUCUCAUCACCUACCUGGAACCAAAGAAAGAGGCUGGCUUUCCAAGGAGUCAAUCAGCAGAGAGCCACUCUUCCUCUUCCUGGUCAGCUGCCCGUAGGCAACUUCCUGUUAUUCCCAGUGGAAACAAGUUCCCCCCUGUCAUUCGCAUCUCAAAAGCACAACUCCAGCAGGUUACAAUUCCCAGACCAUCUAUGGCCUCCACACAGUCUGCUUCUGAGAGUUUUCAUUAUGGCCAGCAGCUAGAGAAGAGGGAUCGAGAUACCCAGCCUUUGGAGCAUACUGUUGAACUUCCUUCUCCUAAGGAGAAUUUAGCUGGCUUGGUGGUAGCAAAUGAUGUGUUAACUCUUAGUGGCAUUAGAACAGAUUUAGUACUCAAGUUAGACCAUAACUUACAGGAUCAGGAAGGGCAUAUUGGAGAAGGUAGUGGAACCCAAGAUCAUAGCCAAAAGGACCUUCUUGAACAGUGUGUGAAGAGGCAAGGAGAGAGAGAGCUCACAAAUCUCUUUGAAGAAGCAGAAAACAGUAAUCUUCCUGAAACUUGUGAAGAUAGCAUUGAAGUACAAAGGACAGGACCUGUUGCUCCAGGAAACAAUGAAUCUGUGCUGGAUGGACUGCAGGCUGCUACAGAACCUGAAGAGCAGAGGCCAGUAACUUCCUGCCUAUUGCAAAAUCAUGAUGCAAAACAGGAUGUAUUGAAGCAGUCAGUAGGUGAAACAUCAGAUGUUUCUUUAUCAAGAAGUACUGACCCAUUUCUUCACAGACAGGAAAGCCAAGUAAUUCCAAUGCAAGAAAAUGGUCUCCAUGAUGAUGGUGAUAUCAGUCAUGCUGAAAAACUGCAAUGCCAGCAGGGAAACCUCACUACUUUUUUACAUCAAGAGGACAAAGGAGAGCAAAAUGUUCUAAGAAAUGGAGAACUGUUCCACUGUGUUGCAGAGAAUGAGAAUUCUCAUCAGUCCAAAAAGGAAUUAGUUAGGACACCAUUUGUAGCUAGACAGAGUCGCAUUCCAGUUUUAGCACAAGAGAUAGACUCCUCAUCGGAGUCCUCUUCACCUGUUUCAGCAAAGGAGAAACUACUUCUAAAAAAGGCUCAUCAGACAGACUUGGUUAGACUUCUUGUAGAAAAAAGACAGCUGAAAUCUUUCCUUGGUGACCUCUCAAGUGCCUCUGACAAGUCACUGAAGGAAAAAGCAGCCACUUCUCCUUUACCUCUUUCAGAAGAUGUUUUGUCCUCCUUCUCCAAGCUGACAUUGGAUGCUCAUUUGCACAGUCAAGUGGAAGAAAGCUUGUUGUCAUCAAGCAGUCCUCAGUCCAGAAAGAGCAAAAUUCCAAGACCUGUAUCUUUGACUACCACAGAUCAUGUUAGCAAUUCAAACUCAGCUCAGUUUUUUCCUCGGCCACCACCAGGAAGACCCCCAACAAGGCCUGGAGUAGAAGCCAGGUUGCGCAGAUACAAAGUGCUAGGAAGCAGCAGCUCAGAUUCAGACCUGAUCUCUCGUCUGGCUCAAAUCCUUCAGAAUGGAUCUCAAAAACCAAGGAGCUCUUCCCAGUGUAAAAGUCCAGGAUCUCCGCAUAGCCCCAAAACGCCGCCCAAAAGCCCAGUCAUCCCCAGACGCAGUCCCAGUGCCUCUCCUAGGAGCUCUUCUUUGCCCCGUACUGCCAGUUCCUCACCGUCCAGGAGUGGGCGGCCUCACCAUGACCAGAGGAGUUCAUCCCCACAUCUUGGAAGGAGUAAAUCGCCUCCCAGCCUGUCAGGCUCUUCGUCAUCCAGGAGAUCCUGCCAACAAGAGCACUGCUACAACAAAACUAACAAGAAUGGCCUGAAAGGUUCUAGUGGCUCCUGCCACCAUUCCUCUAACAUUAAAUCGCCCACAGGGAAGAACAAAUCUGUCAGUAAACUUAGCAGAUAGGAACUGAGUUUUGUCUGGUGUCAAAGCCCCCUUUCUUAAUCUGAUGCAUGUUGUGUCUGUGUUCGGUGUAUUUAAACAAAGAAAAAGUCUUCAAAAUCAGUGUUCAUCCUGACUUUCAAAGAAAAGCAACUCUGUGAUAAAUUAUUUAUAAGGCCCACUUGGUAUGUGAGUGGCCAGGCAACAAGCAGAUCAGGGAAGUUUAAAGGGCAGGGAUGGAGUAUCCAGAUUGUCCAAGAUGUGUGA